AUGAGAGACACUUGGGAGGAGAAGAUUCAAUGGGUCCAGAAGCAAAAGCGAACAUUUGCCGAACUAGUCACACAGAGAACAAAACCGAGCAAAGGCGAUGGCAAAAGGCUGCUUUUGAUGUUGAAGCUUGCUGGCUGGAGUUCCUCUAUGGCCACUGUAUUCAUGGAAGAGCGUGUUAGGCAUUAG